AUGAUCUUCAUUUGUCAAAUCAAAUCGCAAGAGAAGUUAAGAGCAACAACAGCAGCAGUAACACUAACAGCAUUUCUGAUUUACGAUGAACAUUCGCUUGAAGAUUUUAAGCUUAGAAAUGAUGAAAAAAAAUUUACGUUCAUUCGAAAGGCAAAACAGAUCGCUGCUUAUCAAGUCGAGCGUGAAGAGGAGCGCGAAGAAAGCAAGAAACCAUAA